ACGCGCUUCUUCGUUUGGAGCGCGGUGCAAGAGGCUGGCUGGGGGCAGCUGGGUGGGGAGGUGCGCGGCAGCAUCUGCUUUUGCAAGGGGGCUCUUGGGGUUUGUCUGAGCGAGUUCCAACAUGAGUAACCAAGCGAUCAGCUUCCUUAAGGACUUCCUGGCUGGCGGGGUUGCUGCCGCUAUUUCCAAGACAGCUGUCGCUCCCAUAGAGAGAGUUAAAUUGCUGCUGCAGGUCCAGCAUGCCAGCCAACAGAUCACAGUUGAGAAGCAGUACAAGGGGAUCAUGGACUGCGUGGUGAGGAUCCCCAAGGAACAGGGCAUCAUUUCCUUCUGGAGAGGCAACCUGGCCAAUGUCAUCCGUUACUUCCCCACCCAGGCCCUCAACUUUGCCUUUAAGGACAAGUACAAGCAGAUCUUCUUGGGAGGAGUGGACAGGCACAAGCAGUUUUGGCGCUACUUCGCAGGGAACCUGGCCUCUGGAGGUGCUGCGGGAGCCACCUCCCUCUGCUUCGUUUACCCUCUGGAUUUUGCCAGAACCAGGCUGGCUGCCGACGUGGGCAAAGGGCUGAGUGAGAGGCAGUUCACAGGGCUGGGCAACUGCAUUGCCAAGAUCUUCAAAUCUGAUGGCCUCAAAGGGCUCUACCAAGGAUUCAACGUGUCAGUCCAGGGCAUCAUUAUCUACAGAGCAGCCUAUUUUGGGGUCUAUGACACAGCCAAGGGUAUGAUGCCUGAUCCCAAGAAUGUGCACAUCGUAGUGAGUUGGAUGAUUGCCCAGUCAGUCACCGCUGUAGCGGGACUGGUAUCCUACCCUUUUGACACUGUCAGACGUAGGAUGAUGAUGCAGUCUGGCCGAAAGGGAGCUGAUAUUAUGUACAAGGGCACAAUUGAUUGUUGGAAGAAGAUAGCUAAAGACGAAGGAGCCAAAGCUUUCUUCAAAGGCGCCUGGUCCAAUGUGUUGAGAGGCAUGGGUGGUGCUUUUGUAUUAGUAUUGUAUGAUGAGAUCAAGAAAAUUGUCUAAAGUAAAUAAAACUAUUCUCUUCAGUUGUGUAAUAUACUACUUGUGGUUUAAUGGACAACAAAAUAUUUCCUAGGGACAUGAAGAUGGCUGUCAUGGGGGAAAUCCAGUUCAGAGAAGGAUACAUAAUUGUUUUAAUGGUUGUCCAUUGGAUCAUAGUUAAAUUUUGAAUGAAAUGUCCUCAGAUACUUAUAUUGGAACCUGUGUAUAUAUAAAAUAUCUGCACAAUAUCACUAAUAUACUUAUUCCUAUGACGAGUGCAUUGCUUGAUGAUUUGGUGGCUUACAUGCUAGCUGUUAAAAUAGUUCACAUUAGAUUUUAAAACAAGUCAAGAUCAAGUACUUAUUUGUAUUAAAGUGAAUGUCUCUAUUGCUACCCAACAGCAUCAGGGCAUUCAAAACAUAUGGAUGAAGAGCAUGCUUCUCCUAUGAGGCUGGAUUUAAAAAUCUGAUAUUAAAGUGAAAAAAGCAUGUUUACAGAUUAACUUGCUUACUAUCUGUAAGCACCAGGAAAUAGGUUCUCAACCACUGCUGUCCCCCUGAAUAAGCCCUCCCUUAAGGUAAACGAGGUCCUAAAUUCCUCCUAAUAUUCCAACAAACAGAGUAUUUCAGUCUUUCAAAGUUUAAGUGCCAUACAAACUUUUGCUUUUUGUAAAGAUAUUACUUGUCUGGAUUAUACUUAAUGUUCAAUUGAACCAAAACAGAAAAAAUAGUGUACUAAUCAUAUUCAGUUACUUUUUCUCCUAUUUCAAUACUGCUCCAUUUUUUAAAUAAUCCAUGCUUGCAAUAAGUGUUCUGCAUGUACAAGAUGUAUACUAAAAUACAGAGUACAUAAGUACACUUCAGAUAGUAAUAUCCACACACAUUAAUAAAUGUAAAAAACCUGUUUUAGUAUGAAGCAUUGGUAUGACUAACCCUAAAACACCUUACUAGUAAUGAUUCUGGAGAUAGUGACAAUUUAAGUCACUAGUUUCAAUAGCUUAUAAUUUACCCUGAAAUGCAAUUCUCUCAGGAUUAUUCUCAACUAAUUGUAACACUUUUGCAGGGGAGGUGAGAUGGAAGUGGUGGUGCAGAAAUCUGGCAGUCUGAGUUUUCAUUAAGAAACUUAAAAUUUGUAUGUGUUGAAGUGGUACAUAGCUUAUUCUCACUGAGCAGUAUCUGUGUUCUGCAUUUGAAAAUAAGUGCCUGGGCAAGGAUUAAUAAUUUAAGACUGUGUACCUUGUGCAUCUUCUAGUGAUCCAAAUGCACGGUCUGAUAUAGCCACCUAGCAAGAUCAGGAUUAGACUUUCCAAGAGAGGGCUUUUUUUUAAUUGCCAAGUGAGGCAAAAAGACUGGCAUACUUGAUUUGUACUUUUUCACAUCUUAAAAUUGGGACGCUGACUACAAUGUUCAAUGCACCUUUUUGUGUGAAAUUUAAAUGCAAAAAGUCUACUAGAACUUGCUAUGCUACAAAGCUAUGUAACAUUGAUACCUUUUUGUAAUAACAGGUGUGUAUGAACACAGUGGAUUUUAGGUAGGUUUGUUUGAUAGAGCUAACUAAUCUUGGGAAGCUGGGCAUUUCCCUCCUAAAUGUAAACUGCAAAGUACAGUAGCUCUCUGAUUGUGUGACCUUGAGUAAGUCAUCUUAUGCUUAUGCCUCCAUGAACCCUACUGAGAAAUGGUUUU